AUGAGACUUCAGAGCAAGAGGCCUGAUGCAGGCACGUCAGUGAACUACAGCCCAGGAGUGGAAGAAAGGCUGCUGGAAAGGCCACGGGAGGAAGGUGUGGAUAAUCAAAGAAGAAUCUACCCAGUCCAGCAAGGAAUAAAGAUUCAAUUUCAUUCAGCUGUUUCUGACUCUACGAAUGUGGCUGAAGAGGGAAUCCGCAACUGGACAGAUGAUGAAGUAAAAGCGCUGCUGUGCGUCUGGGCCGACCGCAACAUUCAGGAACGUUUGAAAAGCACGCUGCGCAACAAAUCCAUAUUCCAAGAGAUGGCUCGGCAGAUGCAAAGAAAAUAUGGGGUGAUACGCGACUGGAGACAAUGCCGUACAAAAUACAAGAAUUUGAAAUAUGACUAUAAGAUUGCUAAAAGUGCACACGCUGCAGGAGGCAGCAGUGCAGGAAGCCUGGGGAAGUACAUGAAGUUUUUUGAUGAAGUGGAAGCUAUUUUACUGGACAAAGGACUGGAAAAUGGGAGCAUGGAGAUGCAGAAGAGACUGUAUGAUGGUGAACUGAAAGCAGGGAGGCUACAAACGCCAGCAGGCCACACAGGGCAGAUAACAGGCUCUGAGAGUGAGGUGGUCAUCGACAUGGAUGAUGAUGACAACAGUGAUGAUUGCAACAUGGACGGAGAAACGGAAAUAAAGAGAGAGAGAAGUACAGAUGCCCAUCGAGCACACACAGACUUCUGCUCUGACCAAGUGGUCAUGGUGUCGGACGCUGGUCGCAACUGGAGCGACCAAGAGGUGCGAGCCCUGAUCCAAGUCUGGGCCGAUGAGCGCAUAUGCAGGAAGCUGGAGAGCUCAACCAGAAAGAGGGACAUCUUUGUCCAGAUCUCGAGGAGGUUACUGCAGCAAGGCAUCGAUCGUGACUGGAAACAGUGCCACACUAAGUACAGGAACCUCAAGUAUCUCUACAGGUCCCUUCAAAGGGGCAAGACUGAUGAAGCUGACCCGAGAUGCCUCAUGAGGUUCUACGAAGAAGUGGACUCCAUUAUGAAUCGCGUGACUAACGACUACACAGAAGAAGAUUCGGACAGACUUACAAUAUCUGACAACUGUGAUGAGAAAAAUAACGUGGACGGCAAUUUGAGCGGCAUAAAAUCAAGGAGCAUCGUUUGGAUCAAGAACACACGUUGA